GAGAGAGAGAGAGAGAGAGAGAGAGCUAACGACAAAGACAUCGAGAGCGCGCGCUGUGAGGUGUGUACCCCGUAUGUUGCGCUGAACCGAUGCCUCCGCAGAAUCUCUGAAGUCACCGGACUGUUUACUGGACCGUUUACCGGGAGUGACCACGAGGACCACGCGGACCAUGAGCAAAUUGAGGAGCCUGAGCAGCCUGGCCAGUGUCCUGCUGUGGUCAGUCACGCUGUGCACUCAGGCGGCUUCUGAAAGCAAGAUCUUUGGAGAAGAUCAGGUGCGGAUGACGUCGGAAGGGUCAGACUGUCGCUGCAAGUGUGUGAUGCGCCCGUUGCCGCGAGAUGCGUGUGCUCGGCUGCGCACCGGCAGCGCGAGGGUGGAGGACUUCUACACCAUGGAGACGGUGAGUUCGGGCGCAGACUGCAAGUGCUCCUGUACAGCCCCGCCCUCAUCGCUCAACCCCUGCGAAAACGAGUGGAAGAUGGAGAAACUGAAGAAACAAGCGCCAGAACUGCUGAAGCUGCAGUCCAUGGUAGAUCUGCUGGAAGGAACUCUGUUCAGUAUGGACCUCAUGAAGAUCCACUCCUACAUCAACAAAGUGGUGUCUCAAAUGAACAAUCUGGAGGAGGUGAUCAGGACCAACCUGACCCGCGAGAACGGCUUCGUACGAGACAGCAUGGCGGCUCUGACCAGCCGGCUACGGCAGUAUGAGAAUCAGUCUAAUCUCAUGAUGAGCAUAAAGACGGAGCUGUCCAAUCUGGGCCUUCAGCUGACGCAGAGAGCCUCCACCCCCAGCACCACGGUACAGGACACGCUCAGUGGGAAAUUGGAAGAUUCCAGCAAACUCCUCACAAAGAAAACAGAGAAAGUAAAAGUGCCAGCCAAAGAGAAGCCUGUCAAGUCCAAGCAGGAGGCGUACAAUGAAGCUAAACAUGAGAGGGCAGAUCCGGCAGGGAGAAGCCAUCCUAGCCAGCAGCAGCCAGGACACGUCCGCGGCAUCACCUACUACAAAGCAGACAAACCUGAACAGCCACUGAGUACAGAUCAGGAGGCAGAGCCUGAUGAGGUGGACAUGGUGCUGGAAGUGGAGGAAGCUGCCUCAAUGCCUGUUACUGCGGCAGCGUAUACCCACACAACCACAUCCAUAAAAACAACAACCACCAGCUCUACAGCUUCCGCUACAACAACCAGUAGAGCAGUGGCCAGAGAAGAGCGUCCAGCUCCAACUGUCCUGCUAAUGCUGGACAACACCAUCAACCUCACGCACACUGCUGCAGGUAAGGAGGUCCUGUGUGAGGGGACGAUAGCGUCAGUGGCUGAACCCGUGAAGAAGCACAGCUACGGGAGGAACGAGGGUGCGUGGAUGAAGGAUCCUGCGGCAAAGGACUCCAAAAUCUACAUCACCAACUAUUACUAUGGCAACAGUCUGGUGGAGUUCAGAAACUUGGAAAACUUCAAGCAAGGUCGGUGGAGUAACCUGUACAAACUGCCCUAUAACUGGAUCGGGACCGGCCACGUCGUAUACAGGGGGGCGUUUUACUACAACCGCGCCUUCACCAAGAACAUCAUCAAGUACGAGCUGCGGCACCGUUACGUCGCGGCCUGGACGCAGCUCCACGAUGCUGUGUAUGAGGACACCACGCCCUGGAAAUGGAGGGGUCACUCAGACAUCGACUUUGCCGUGGAUGAGAGUGGAUUGUGGAUCAUCUAUCCAUCUGCAGACUAUGACUACACCCAGGCUGAGGUGAUUGUGGUGGCCAGACUGGACGCCGAUGACCUGUCUGUUCGUAAAGAGACCACAUGGCGGACGGGGCUGAGGCGGAACUCUUAUGGGAACUGCUUCAUCGCCUGCGGUGUGCUGUAUGCUGUCGAUGCUUAUGACCGGCGAGAUGCCGAAAUUUCGUACGCGUACGACACACACACGGGUGCCGAGAGGUCGCCAGGGUUACCCUUUGUUAACGAAUACUCCUUCGCCACCCAGAUCGACUACAACCCGAAGGAGAAGGUUCUGUACGCAUGGGACAACGGACACCAGCUCACCUACAACAUCACGUUCCUAGAGCGCGACCAGAAAUGACCUCAUCACAUCAGCCAGUUACCUGUGGAUGUAAAAACACUUACAGUUCUUCAUUUAAGGAUUCGCUGUGUCAGGAACUCUCCACUUUCAUGAUGGUUCAACUCGGGACAGUUCAGGAGUCCAGCAUUGGUUAGAAGUAGACCUUCAGUUUGAUCCACAAAUGUCCAGAUACGUGAAUAUUUUAGUGCAGAUUUCUGCUGGCGCCUCUAUGGGAUUCUAAUACUGCAUUAGUUCGGAUUCACCUGAACAUCUUGGCCAUUCUAAAUGAAACACAGGUGUUUGGAAAGACAUUAACAUCUAUUUGAGCUCGUAUCAGUUUUACAGUGACUCCUUCAGUAAAGGUCCUGGUAUUGAGCUGCCGCCGCUGUUUAUCAUUCCUAACAACUACCCAGAACCUGUUUAGACUACGACUCAUAUUCACAGUCAGUGAGGUAUCUAGAACCUCCAGAAGGGCUAGAGUGAUGUUUUGACUGAGUAAAUUAGCCCCACCCUAUUGUAAAAGCAAAGUGCCAUUGGUUGAUUCCUUGGUAGUUAAUCUAAUGUGUAAGGCCUUCAGUCCAGCUCCUGAAGUCCUGACCAGUGGAGACCUCACUUUUUCUUAACUGUAUCUACAAGAUUUUAACUUUGUUUCCUACCAAAACUAAACAGUGAAACACUGGAAUACUUGGAUUUGGAAUUCUGUUCAUUACAAAUGAAUAAUUAAUAAUAUUUUGAAGUUCACAGAAAGGCUUUCUCUGAAGAUGUAGAAGGCCCUUAGGGUUCCUCUCUGCAAUUCAGCGUUAUUAUUAAAAAUGAAUUAUACAGAAAUGUGUUUUUAUAAUUAUGCAGUAUUGGAAUAUAGACAAUAACAGCAAAACACCACGAAGAACAUUUUCAGCACAUUUGCGUUCAAAAUGUACCACAUUUCAUUACAACCAAACCAAGAUCUCAACUUUCAAACAGAAUGAAUGAGAGCAGAUUAUUAUUAUUAUUAUUAUUAUUAUUAUUAUUGUUAUUAUUGUUAUUAUUAUUAUUGAUUACAGUUGACAGACUUGAUACAGUUGAAUUUGAAUACAGUUCUUCUUGAUCAGCUACACCUCCUUUCAGACCCACAGUGUUUAGUGGUCUUCUCACAGUGGAAGGAUGGACAGAAACACCUGUGGAUGUUUUCAGAUCUGAAGCAGCUUGAUGUUCUCCUCUCUCUCAGAGAUCAAAGCUUUCAGUGCUGUUUAUCUGAUGGGGCAGUUUUGGGGUCUAACAGCUCUUCCAGGUGGUUGUUAGGAGCCACGUUUUCUCUGAGCUUUUAAACCGUUUUGAACUGCAGUUUUGGAAACUCCUGUAUUUUUUCUAUUAAUUUUCCUUUAAAUAUCUCCUGAAUGAUUAACUUGGACUUAAACGAUGUUUUGACUGGAAACAAAAUACCUGAAGGGGAACUUUUACCUUUACACUCCUGCUGUUACACGGUUUGUACAGUAGCUGAGUCAGCAGCUCUUCUGAUACAGUUCCAUAGAAUAGAAGCCUGAAUAAUGGAUAGUAACAGGUUUAAGCCAAAGCACGUUAUCAGGCUUUAGACAGAGACUGUGGUUGAAGAUUUUUUGAGUGUAGCUGAAUGAAUGGAUCAUCACACCAUGUUUAUAUUUUCAUCCAAACUAAUUUCUGAGUCUGGAUUAAAACCUCGUUGUAACUUUUACAUUUACACUGACUUCAGUAGCCCGAGGCUCUGUUUAACAACGUUUAAGGACAUUAGCAUAAAGAACAACUGUAAACGGAACAGACGUGUUUAUUUGCCUGUUAAUGAACGUUUUCCUGCCACCUUCUGUGAAAUGCUAACUGCACCAGUUUGUGAGAUGGAGCCACUGUCUGACUGACUGGGUCAAAGGCCAGAUUACACUUUGCUAAUGACCUGUUAGACGACGUGUGAAGCGAGCAGGUAGAGAUGAAUACUCCUGUAACUGAUGUGUAAAUAGUGUAAUAUAUUCUAUAACAGCUCCCAGUGAUGAAAAGCUAAGGGAUUUCUGUAGCUCUGAGCUCUGAACUCUCUCAGUCUUGGGGGGCUUUUAAAACGUGUUGUAUUCACUAAAGAUAAGCUGGACUGCAUUAAACCGGCUGAUGGCUUUAGACAGUAAAUCUUCCCAGUCUGAGGAAUGACUUAUUCAUGUUUUAUUCUACUGUGGAUGUGUUAUUAAGGAAAUCUGAACCAGUUGUGUCCGGUUUAUUUUGUGUGUGCGCUGAGAAUAAAGACGUGUCUGAUGAAACACAGACGUACGCAGUGAUGCAA